AUGCAGGUCCAGAUUAUCGCCGCGGCAUUCCUCGCCACGCUCUGCGCUGCUCAGGAUGCUCCCGACCUGGAGGGUCUCCCUGAGUGUGCCCAGCCCUGUUUCGUCGACAACGUCCCCAUCUCUGGCUGCGACGAUGCCUCCGACUUUGCGUGUCUCUGUGGCUCCUCGGAGUACAUCAACACCGUCACCACCUGCGUUCUCGUUGAAUCCGGAUGCUCUCUCACUGUAGCACUUGAGGCCAGAGGCUGGGCGGAGGACACCUGCGAGGAAGCUGGCGUCCCUAUCUAG